UCUACCGAGGACUUCGACUUAAGAGGAGGGGAUAGAGGAAUAAUGUUGUUUUCUUCCUUCCACAGUCAGCCUACCUGCCUCAUUCUCCCACCUUUUACCCUCUCUCCCCUUUCUUACUCAGGACCAGGUUACAACAGAGGGAGGGGGGAGCAGAGUUAGUUUUUUCAAUGAAAUCCACCUGCUCCUCAUCUCUGUUGUAUUAGACAGAUGGACCCAAGCAGGCUUCGUACCAGAGUCAUCAUGGAGCGUCUAGAGAGAAGACUGCCUGGAGCUUUCCUCCUCCUUCUGCCGCUUCUGUCCGUCAGCUGUGUCACCAACACAAAAACUACAGUCUCCUGGUGUGUGCUGUCUGACGCUGAAGAGCAGAAGUGUCUGGAUUUGGCCGGGAACGCCACAGCUCGGAAUAUUAGAGGACAUUUAGAAUGUGUCCGCGGCCUGAACACCAGAGACUGUAUAGACAAAAUCAAGAACGGGACGGCAGACGCAGCCUCCAUGUUUGCUGAUGACAUCUACGCUGCUGGCCUCUGCCAGGGCCUGGAGCUGGCUGCAGGAGAGUCCCACAACGGAGUGGAUGGUGUUAGCUACUACGUGGUGGCAAUGGCACGUCGCUCCUCAUCAGACCUGUCCCUGCUGGAGAUGCACGAGCGCAGUUCCUGUCACCCUGGCAUACGUACCACGGUGGGGUGGACGGUUCCUAUUGGCUACCUAGUCAACACCUCCCAGAUCAGCGUAGGGGAGCAGUGCAACUUCCCCAAAGCCGUGGGCAACUUCUUUGGUUACAGCUGUGUGCCAGGUGUUAAGGAUGCCCAGCACGACCCGAGAGGCAACAACCCCAAGAACCUGUGUGAGGCGUGCAUAGGAGACGAGAACGACAGACACAUCUGUGCCAACAACCACAGAGAGAGGCACUAUGGAGAGGCAGGGGCACUGAGGUGUGUGGCGGAGAACCUCGGGGACGUGGCCUUCGUCAAACACACGACAGUCUUUGACAACUUGGACGGCAAGAACCAGGAGUCCUGGGCUCUGGAUCUGGAGCUGGAGGACCUAAAGCUGCUGUGCCCAGAUGGAACUGAGGCAGGUCUGGGCGAGUUUGAGCGAUGCCACCUGGCAGCCGUCCCUGCUAAUGCUGUUGUGGUGCGCUUGGAGGACAAGUGUCGUGUCUGGAAGUUCCUGGAACGUUUACAGAAUGCGUUUGGCAACGCCACCGAGGGCUUCCGCCUGUUCAGCUCAGCAGGCUACGGUGAAUCCGAUCUGCUCUUCAGUGAUGCCACCCACCACCUGCAGAGGGUUCUGGGUAGCUACACCUCCUGGCUGGGCCCCACUUACACCACCACGCUGCAGGCCUUCGAGUGUGAGGGCUUCUGCUGAUGGAGCAGGAGGAAGACAUCCAGCACAUCAACUUCCAUCCCAUCCCUCCGUCUCCGUCCUCCCCUUCUGCCUUCCUUCGCUGCCAUCUGUGUCCCUCUGCCACUCCGUCUCGCCAUCUCUCAUCCUCUUUGCUUUGCUUCUUGUGUUUGUUUUCUCCCUGCGUUUCACCACCCAUUCUCUGUUAUUAUGUCCUUGUCCUUCUUGCACCUAGUGCUUCACUCUAGUGUGCUGGCUGGCAGGGAGGACAUUGCAAUCCAUUCGCCAAGAUAAAUACUGGCAUUGAACAUUUCUGCAAACCACAAAUGUUACAUUUCUACAUUUCAUAUGUCGAGGACAAGUUGAAACUUCCUUUCUCCACAUUUUAAUUUUUAAUUUGAUGUGACAACGCUGUGGUUAACGUGUGGUUAGGUGC